AGAUAGAUAGAUAGAGGGAUGACGAAUGGUUGACGAGUGUUGGAGGCGGGUUUUACUGAGGAGGAUGUAACGUUAUCUGCGGUCGGUCAUGGCUCAGUAUCCUAGUGCAAUAGUAAAAAAAAAUGCCUUGUUCCCUGUUUGUAACAUAGAAGUGCAUUUUUAGGAUACAUGUGUUAACAAUUUUAGUUUAAACCCGAAGAUUUGUGAUCUCCUUUAUAUGCGAGCGGGCUAUGGAUGCGCAGGUUGCAAACCAUUGCAGCAUCAAGUCUGCCGCAAAGACGAGCAUCACGCAGGAUGCAGCUGAAUGCGGGAUCGCCAACACGGCGAAGAAGAAACCCCGCUCGAGGAGAGGCAGGAGAGGCAAGCGACGGAGGGGCAAGAAGGCCAACGAGCCUCCGCCGUUUCUACCUCCGGAGGCUGAAGAGGGAAACAUUGAAUACAAGCUGAAGCUGGUGAACCCCACGCAGUAUCGGUUCGAACACUUGGCCACGCAGCUGAAGUGGCGACUGCAGGAGGGCCGCGGGGAGGCCGUGUAUCAGAUUGGGGUGGAGGAUAACGGGCUGCUGGUUGGACUCAUAGAAGAAGAUAUGAAAGCCUCUCUUAAGACUCUUCGCAGAAUGGCUGAGAAGGUUGGAGCCGAUAUCACGCUCCUGAGAGAGAGGGAGGUGGACUGCGAUAGAGCGCGACGGAAAAUCGCUGAAGUCCUUGUGCGGAAAGUUCCAGAUGACCAGCAGUUUCUGGAUCUCCGUGUGGCUGUUCUGGGUAAUGUGGACUCAGGGAAGUCAACUCUGCUGGGGGUACUGACUCAGGGCGAGCUGGAUAACGGACGGGGCAGGGCCAGACUCAACCUCUUCAGACACCUGCAUGAGAUUCAGACCGGACGGACGUCCAGCAUCAGUUUUGAGAUCCUGGGGUUUAACAGCAAAGGAGAGGUUGUAAACUACAGUGACUCCCGUACAGCAGAGGAGAUCUGUGAGAGCUCUUCUAAGAUGAUCACUUUUAUUGACCUGGCUGGUCAUUAUAAGUACUUGAAGACCACUAUAUUUGGCCUGACAAGCUACUGCCCAGACUUUGCCAUGCUGGUGGUGGGAGCCAAUACUGGCAUUGCUGGCACAACUAGAGAGCAUCUGGGUCUGGCCAUGGCGCUGAAGGUGCCCAUAUUCAUUGUGGUGAGUAAGGUGGACCUCUGCGGUAAAAGCACAGUGGAGAAAACGGUUCGUCAGUUGGAGAGAGUGCUCAAACAGCCCGGCUGCAACAAGGUCCCAAUGGUGGUGUCCAACCCUGAUGAUGCCGUCACAGCUGCACAGCAGUUUGCACAGUCCUCCAGUGUGACGCCCAUCUUCACCCUCUCCAGUGUUUCUGGGGAGAGUCUGGACCUUCUGAAGGUCUUUUUCAACAUUCUUCCUCCUCUGAGCAACAGCAAGGAGCAAGAGGAGCUCAUGCAGCAGCUCACGGAGUUCCAGGUGGAUGAGAUUUACAGUGUUCCUGAUGUAGGAACAGUAGUUGGUGGAACACUGUACAGUGGUGUGUGUCGUGAAGGAGACCGGCUGGUUGUGGGUCCCACCGAUGAUGGGCGGUUCUUGAGGUUGAAGGUGUGCAGUAUCCACAGAAAUCGUUCCGGCUGCCGCGUGCUAAGAGCUGGACAGGCCGCCACACUUGCACUUGGGAACUUUGAUCGCUCAUUACUACGAAAGGGCAUGGUCAUGGUAAGUCCCAAAAUGAACCCUACAAUUUGCUGGCAGUUUGAGGCCGCCAUAGUCCUCCUGUUCCACGCCAAGACUUUCCGCAGUGGUUUCCAAGUCACAGUGCACGUGGGGAAUGUAAGGCAGACUGCCACGGUGGAGUGUCUGCUUGGAAAGGAGGAGCUGCGGACAGGCGAGAGAGCUGUAGUGUGUUUUAGAUUCUUAAAACACCCUGAGUACUUACGUGUGGGAGCCAAGCUGCUCUUCAGAGUGGGGGUGACCAAAGGCAUCGGGCAUGUGACGCACCUCCUACCCUCCACCCAGAACCACAUGCCUGAUCAGAACCGCAACCAGAACCAUAGUUAGACACAUCGGUAGUGACACCAUUAAUCAUAAGAGGACAUUUGACUGCAUCUGCCUUGAGAUUGUCCUUGCCUUGAGUUUGCCUCCCCUAGUUCAAUCAUGCACCUUUCAUUUCCACUCUGUAGAUUUGCCUAUAUUAAUUGCAGAUUUGCCUGUGUGUAAAUGCUUUUGGCUCCUGUGACAUUUGGAGGGUUGAUUAGAGUAUAUGUCUGCUGGGUGUAAUGGGACUCGGAAACCUCUCCUAUUUUUGCACAUGUGCGUGUUUCACAUCUCAGGUUGAAGCUGUCUGACCUUGAGUGAAGCAUUUGGGAGACACUAAGUUGGGUAUCUGGAGCAGAUUUAUGCAGGAACUCCUGCCUGCAGACUGCAUUGUAGAAAUGAGAAACAUAAUCGUAGCACUGGAAAAUCUUUUUAUUUUUUUAGCUGAACUAAUGUCUUCAGUGAUAUUAAAUACAUGAUAUUACCCAAGGAAAUCUGACAACACUUAAGUUAGUUUUUUUUUUUCUUCACAAAGUGUACACCUUAAGACAGGCCUUCAACCUUGUUCCUGUAGACCAGGGGUCCUCAACUCUGGACCGCAAGAUCCACUUUCCUUCAGAGUUUCAGACACGCCUGAACAAACUAAUAAAGGUCUUCAUGAUUACUACAAAAUUGCAGGUAGGUGUGUUUAAUCCAUAUUGAAGCUAAUCUCUGCAGGAAAGUGGAUCUCGAGGUUCAGAGUCAAGGAUCCCUGCUGUAGACCUACUGUCCUGCCAAGUUUAGCUACUUUACAACCUUAAACAAAUACAGCUGGGCCAGCUAAUCAAGAUCUUCAGGGUCACUUGAGAAAUCACAGGCCAAGUAUGUUGAAUCAGGUUGGACAUUAAAUUUGAAGGACAGCGGGUGUCCAAGAGCAGGGUUAAAGGCCUAGGCAUUAAACUCAAAGUAUGCUUAAAUUUGGAACGACAGCGGAAAAUUUGUGUAUAGCCGAAUACAAAGCUUUUCAAAGCAUACUCCAGUUGAUGGCCAGUUAGUGUAAGAAAACUUAAAGCCGCAUAUGCGAGUUGAGUGUACAGCAUAUGCACAGUUAGAAAAAUAAGUCUGUACCCCAGUAUAAACAUAAUAAAAUAAUAUUAACAGUUGUUCCAUUAUGAUUAGUUUCCAUUAUUAUAACGAAAUUGAAAUUUCAAAAGUUGAAAAUGUCCAAAAUUUUUUAUUGAACAAAAAACAGGCGUAACAUGUUAGUGAAGAUUUUAGUUUAAAUUUUAAUUAAAGAUUUUAAUUUAAAUUAAUCUGACAGUCCACAUUCAUUUUAGGUUUCAUGAAUAAAUGACCAGUCCUGUUUUUGUUCAUUUAAUUUUGUACCAUUUCGGUACAUUUGUUGGCGUGAUUGAAAAUCGCCCCCUAUCUUCAGGACAUGAGAGGUAACCCAAAGAGAAUUUUUGGAGGAACAGUCAGGCAUGAUUUUUUUUUAUCUUUUUCUAUUUUUCACUAGCUUGAUUACAUUGAGCAUAACUCUAAAUGUAUUUACAAAUGACAAAAAAAA